GUAACAUAUCAUCUCAUUUUCCGAAAUAAUACUACUUGAGAAUUGAGUUCAGAGGAUAACGAUGGCGGGUGCUUCAAACCCUCAGCCUGAUAAGAUUCUCAACUACCCACAAAAUGGGGCACUGACAUUUCUCUUUAGGAAGAAGUUGUCAAACUAUGACGUUACGAAAGGGUUGGUUCUCACGGUAAUCUCCAGCUACCACCUAAGAAGUCUUCCGAGGCCGCUGCUUGAUGUCGUCGCUGGGGAUGGACUGAUGGUGUGGUGUUACACACCAGCUAUACACCAUGACGUCGUACUAAGAAACCAUCGAGAUAUGCCCGGUUUUCGGUUCCGGAAACCUGGUUGGGACCAAGUCAUCGCCGCGAAUGGAUUCCUCAUUGGACAAGAAAUCGAUUGCUGGUCUCUAUAUGAUGCAGAGGAUGGUCCGCAUGGCACUUUGAGCUUUCUGAUCCAACCGGUUGGCGACUGUGGGGUACCUCAUGAAGCUGCUGCUUCAGGAGGAGCAGAAACAUCAAGUGAAAAUUAAAGAGGAUCAGCAUUCUGAACAUUGCUUAAGAAAUAUUCGACCCUAAAUGACAGAUUGCUAGUUUCCUUUCUGUUCUCUCAGUUUUUAGGUCUCUUGCUUUAGAAUUUAACGAUAAUCGAUUGCUAGUUUCCUU